AGGCUUUGUAAUAACAAAUAACACUAAAAAUAUAGAAAAUCGACGUUCCUUAUUGAUACGAACGCUAGAUCGGUUGAAAUGUCAAAUUCUUACGGCACUACGUAUUACAGUGAAGCCUACAAUAACAGAGAACAUCAACAAAAUCUCAAGUACAAAAAUAAACUCAAAAAAUUGAAGAAACUAAUCAAAGACAUUGUAGUUGAAAAUUCGGCACUCUGCGAUGAAGUGUCUAGAAUGCAGGAGAAUCUUGUUGUGGUCAAAGAAGAGAGACUCAUGCUCUUGAGAAGAUUGUGUCAACUACAGGGAGAAGUCGAUCUCGGGACUCUUUGUGCCAAAUCUCAAAUGGGAAGUUCAAGUUCACCAGUGGCAAACUCCGACACCCAUACUCCCAAGAAAAGUGCCAAAAAACGCAGUAGUGUAGAAACUCCUGACACAAAAAGCAAACCAAAAAGAUCCAGCAAGAUAAGCAAAAAAGUUGUACAGCUGAUCCCCUUGGAUGUCAAUGGAAGACCAAUAUUUCCAAUUUCAUUGGGAGACUUGACUGUUUAUUCGCUGGGUGACGUUGUUACAGAUAGAAUAGCGUAUCACACCGAAGACCUUAUAUUUCCAGUUGGUUAUUGCAGUACCAGGGUAUAUGCAAGCUUAAAAGACGUUAGGAUGAAGAGCUUAUAUACUUGUAAGAUUUUAGAUGGUGGAAUGAAGCCAAGGUUUGAAAUAGUUUCCGACACUGAUCUGGAUCAGCCACUAGUGGGGUCAAGCCCAGAUGAGUGCCAUUUACGACUAUUGGCAACCAUAUCACCAAGUUUAAGUUCAGUUUUUCCAAAGGGUGCAGAUUUUUUCGGUAUAUCUCAUCCAACAAUACAAAAUUUAAUCCAAAGCUCACCAGGCACACGUAAAUUGAUCAACUACAAGCCACAAAAAUUCGAGAUUAGCAAAAGUUCAGACAUCACCGAAACAAAUCCAGCUGGAGAAGAAGAUCCUAGUUUAGGUUUUGCAGCUCUGCACAGGCAUUAUGCUUUACCCUCUGCAUUUGUGAUUAAACAAGAGCCAUCAAAUCACGGAUUAAUAAGUUUUCAAGAGCUGCUUUCAUAAUCUUGAAAUAUAAUUUAAUUUUAAUUGAUAAUUUAUGUAGGUAAGUUUAUCAUAAUUCGAACAACGAA